GUGGUAGUAUACGUAUUCGAAGGUGACUAAGCAGUGUCGCCAAAUGUAAUCGCACAGGUUGUAACCCCUAUUGUAACUGUUGCAAUGUAACCUAAUUGUAACUGCAUAACUAGACCGGCUUUGGUUGAUUUAUUAGUCAGAUUUUGUGAUAGUUAAAAAAUGGUAUGUUUUUUACAAAAAGUGGGAUAAAACUAGAAUUCAUCCCAAAUUUUUUUGACAGCUAAAAUAGGGGUUUUUGCUUCAGAAUUUGUCAUUGGCCCUCAGCGGCAGCAGUUACUGUCAAUAAUUUUUCAUAACUUAAUAACUAAUUAUCGGUGAAAUGUAGUGAUAAAAUUAAGAAAAACCAUGAAUAAGCAGCUGUAGUCACCACAUAGCGUGCAUCCACACCACUAUCAGUCGAAAGCGUCCCAGCCACCAACAAUGGACAAACAAGACAAAAUGGAAGAAGACGACCCAAUGGAAAUCGACGACACCACUCCCAAUGCACAAAUAAUAGUCCGCGAAUCGUCCGGCGUCCACAUAAUCGGGGGCCCCACCAACGUCAGCGACCCCAACAAAAUGGACACGUCUUCAUCCUCCAUCGAGCCGCCCCCAACCCCGAAGCCCCCCGAACCCGCCCCCAAAAAACUCGACGUAGUGGUACUGGAUGACGACGAAGACGAACCCGUCCCGACAAAAAAAUCAAAAAAGAAGGCCGACGACGACGGCGUCGAGAUCAUCGAUUUGGUGCAGAAGUCCGUGAAUAGCAAGUGCAUCAACUACGCGUGCAUGAGUGGCAAGGAGCUGAUGGUCGCCCCGAAUUUGUGUCUGUCGUACUAUCGGGUGAAGAACGCGGGAAACGGGAAGAAGGAGGUGUGCACGGACUGCUACGAUAUAGCGAUCAGGGAGUACGAUAUGUUGGCGACGGAGUUGAAGAGCGGGAAUGUAUUGUGUAAUGUGGAGGUUCCGAUCAGGAAUGAUACGGUGGAGAUUGAUGAUUCCGACGAGGAGGACCAGGAAUUGCGGAUUCCUCCGAUCGAUGAUGAGAAUUUUAGUUUUAUUGAGGAGAAUUUUGAGAGGGUGUUGAGCGAGACGUUGGCGAAGUUGAAUUUCGAGGGGCAGACGGAGAAGGAGGUCGCGUUUUUGAAGUCGAAGAAGGAUAAGAUUAGUGAGACGAUUAAUGAGAUUCAGGGGAUGAUUAAGGGGACGAGGAACUCGCUGGAUACGAUACAGAUUAAUUUGUAUAACCAGUUUCGGACUGAUACGUUGGAGACGAGCGUCAUUUCGAUUAUUGAUGAUCAUUAUACGUCAGGAGUGCCGAUAGUCAGAACAGAGUCCGUCACUGUGCCGCCGCAACGCAAGAGCCAAAGAACCGCCUCGAAACGCAUAUCUUACGCAGAAGUGGACAGCCCCAAUAGUAACAGCCCUAAACCGAAAGAUCCCGAAAGCGGCGAAGUCCCCACAGACGUACCCAUCGUGGGAAAAAUGGAGCCCCCUUCAGUCAACAUAGACGACGUCUACUACAUCUCCCGUGAAAACUCGGCCGGUUGUUGGAUCAAAGCGCGCCUCAGGUCAGUCGUGCUCCCCGGAAUCAUCCACAACGGCCACGCCUCCACUAACACCCUCUACAAAAUGCUCGAACUCAAACAACACAAGGAAAGAGUGGUCGACGGCAAAAAUAUCGCCUCGAUGAAACACUCCCGAAUUCGCCUGGAAACGGGAACUCGAGUGAUCGCGGCUUUCAGAGAAAUAAGUCCCACGGGAGAGGUGCGCAAAACCCGCCACGACUACUACUAUUCGGGGAUCGUGGCGGAGCCCCCCGUCGCUCAAAACAAGUACAGAUAUUUGAUAUUCUUCGACAUCGGGUACUCACAGUACGUGAAUUACACCAACGUCCAUGUUGUCUUUGAGUGGAGCAAGAACGUGUGGGAGGACAUGCACGUGAACUCGCGCGCGUUCAUCAAGAAGUAUCUGGAGAGUCCCGACAGACCCAUGGUGAAGUUGUCCAAAGGACAGACCGUCAGAGUGGAGUAUAACGGUAAAUGGGUCCUCUGCACCAUCUUGAACGUGGAUUGUUCGCUGGUUUUGGUGUUUUUCGACUCGUUGAAUCGCACUGAGUGGAUUUACAGAGGGUCGACAAGGUUGAGCCCGAUGUUUAAAGAGGAACAGAACGCGGCGAAAAGACACACCGGAGGUCGUACGUCCAUCAGGAAAGGCGAUCCGAGCGAAUCCGCCACCAUCGUCCAGUACACCAAAAACAGCGACUUCGAGAAACCCACCGACAACACCCGAAGCGUCCGCGCCGUGGCUAGAAAAAGCACCGCGAGACCCGAAACUACCGCCCCGGGUCAGUUCGUCCCCUUCUUGCCCCCCGUCAACAACAACGUCAUGGCGAUGGAGCCCACCAGCAAGAUCAUGUAUUUCACCCCACGUGACCAAGUCAUCACGCAGCGCCUCUACCGCCCGCACGUGUGCUCUCCGUCUUGUAAAGACUACGUGAGACACAAUUUGAGCAAAUUGAGGGGUCACAACCCUCUGUCUAAACCCUUAUUGUGCGGGUGGGCCCGUAUCACCCAAAGGGUGAAAGGGAGAAAGGAGAUCGUCUAUAAGGCGCCGUGCAGUCGCAUUUUGCGGAAUAUGGCGGAAAUUCACCAGUAUUUGAGGAUGACGAAGAGCGAAAUGACGGUGGAUUUGUUCGAUUUUAACCACAUGGUGAGGUGUUUGGCGGAGUUCAAUGUGGAGUGUACGCCGGAUCCGAAGGAUCUGUCGAAGGGUCUGGAGCAAGUCCCAGUUCCCGUCAUCAACGGCAUCAACAACGAAAUGCUCGACUUCUGCAACUACGCCACCAAGCGCGUGCCCAUGGAGGACGUCCCCUUGAACACCAAUCCCGAGUUUUUGAUUGGCUGCGACUGUACAGACGACUGCGCGGAUAAGUCGAAGUGCGCUUGUUGGCAGCUGACCCUCGAAGGGUCCAAAUACAUGGGUAAAAACGUGGACCCUAACAGCAUAGGUUAUGUUUAUCGCCGCCUCCACGAACAAGUCCUAACCGGAAUAUACGAGUGCAAUACCAGAUGUAAAUGUGGCCCGACUUGUUUGAACAGGGUGGUCCAAAAUCCCAUGUCGAUCAAACUUCAGGUGUUUAGAACGCAUAAUCGCGGCUGGGGGAUCAGGUGCGUCAACGAUGUACCCCAAGGGACGUUCAUUUGUAUUUAUGCCGGGACUAUACAUACCGAGCAGAUGGCCAAUGAGGACGGGGUGACCUACGGGGAUGAGUACUUCGCCGAGUUGGACUACAUCGAAAACUGCGAGAAGCACAAGGAGGACUACGAGAGCGACGUGAACGAGCCCGAUAGUCCGCGGAGUCGGUCGGUGACGCCCGACGACGACGAGGACGAAGAAGAGAAGAAGAAGUUCGAUGGGAGGCGACGAAGGUGGAAUAAGGUACCGGAGGAUAAUGAUUUCACGCCGGCGUAUCCGCUGAUACGGGGCGACUUUGAGAAUUCGAUGAAGCUGCGGAGGAGGAAGGAGGAGGAGCCGAAGACUGAGCCUCCGGAGACGAAGGAGAAGAUCAAAGAGGAGAGGAAGGUGUCGACGGAUACUAUAACGAACGAAAUUGAGACUGUUACCAUUUCGGAUGACGAGGAUGAUCCGAAAGAGGUGUUGAGUUUUAAUCCGAAGUCAGGGUCGGAGUUGGACGAGAGUAAGCCCCGGCACGUGUCCGUUCGGAGUUUCUUCGCAGAGGAGGAGCCGUAUAUUAUGGAUACGAAAAAUGCUGGCAAUAUUGGGAGGUUUUUGAAUCAUUCUUGUUCGCCGAAUGUGUUCGUCCAGAACGUCUUCGUCGAUACUCACGACCUGAGGUUCCCCUGGGUGGCCUUCUUCUGCUCUCAGUUCAUAAGGGCCGGUACGGAGCUGACUUGGAACUACAACUACGACAUCGGCAGCGUGCCAGGAAGAGUGUUAUAUUGUCAUUGUGGUUCCUUAGAAUGUAAAGGGAGGUUGUUGUAAAACCAGUGUGUGUUUAAUGUAAAAGUAAAUAAACAAGUCGUGUUUUUAAAUAA